AUGUCUCAACAAUUUACUGAUUACGUCAAGGAAUCCUUUGGUGCCAAAGCUACUCCAAAAGCCAGAAGAAUUCUCACUUCUUUAAUCCAACAUAUCCAUGAUUUCACCAGAGAAAACCACAUCACCGUUGACGAAUGGAUGUAUGGUGUUAAUUUCAUCAACAGAAUUGGUCAAAUGUCCGACAACAAAAGAAAUGAAGGUAUUUUAGUUUCCGAUGUUCUUGGAUUAGAAGCCUUAGUUGACACUUUAACUCAUAUGUCUGAUAACGCCGGUAUUACUUCUUCUGCCAUUAUUGGUCCAUUCUAUCGUGAAAACUCCCCAGAAUACCCAUAUGGUGGUUCUAUUAUCCAAAAAGAAGUUGGUGGUGAAAAGACUUGGGUUAGUGGUACUGUUACUGAUGUUAAUGGUAAACCUUUGGUUGGUGCUAAAGUUGAAGUUUGGCAUUGUGCUCCAAAUGGUUUGUAUGAACAACAAGAUCCAGAUCAACCUGAAUAUAACUUAAGAGGUACUGUUUAUACUAAUGAAGAAGGUAAAUAUGCUUUUGUUUGUUUAAGACCAACUGCUUAUCCAAUUCCAUACGAUGGACCAGCUGGUGAUUUAUUACAAAUGAUGGAUAGACACCCAAUGAGACCAGGUCAUAUUCAUUGGAUGGUUUCUGCUCCAGAACACCAUACUUUAGUUACCCAAAUCUAUGACCGUGAUUGUAAAUAUACUAAAGAUGAUUCCGUCUUUGCCGUUAAGGAAGAUAUCAUUGUUGAUUUCAAGAAGGUUACUGCUGAUGAUCCAGAAUUAGGUGACAAGGGUGUUCUUAACAGAUUAGAUUACGAUAUUGUUUUAACUUUAGAAGAAGAAGUUCAAAAGGUUAGAGCUAAGGCUACUGAAAAGCACAAGAACAUUGAAGCUGAAUUAGAAGCUCACCAUAAGGCUGUUGCUGAAAAGUUAGCUAACAUGAAGGUUUAA